AUAAAGCAUUGAUCCUGAUACAAUGCAAGAUUUAAGAAAUACAAAAAAUGGCAAAAAUUUGUUCAACUUUCACUCUAAAAAUCUCACAAUGCUUUAAUUUAUGAUUUGUUUAUGAUUUGAAAGGUUUGUGAGAUGAGUGAGUUGGCUGGGGGUGGAAUUCUAGUACGAGGAAUCCCGGAUGCAUCAACCCUUCAUAUAUCUAAGAUGGUUGAAAAGCAGCGGGAUUCCCCCUGGGGAUAUAAUAAUCAAACUAAGAACUUAGUAAACAAUCAAAGAAAACUCGGUGCUUCGUUGAGUAAUGCUGGGGAUGUAUUGGAGAGCCCUAUCCCAGAUCUAGCCUGGAUCCAGGUUAAAUCCAUCCUCAGGGAUUUUAAGGACGGAAUUUCUCCGGAGGAUCUCCUUCAAGAGUUCACUAACAGAUUCAAGGUUCAAGUCAACUUUGAAGAUUUUGGAUUCGUUAAUCUGAAAGAUUUCUGUGAGAACGGACUGGCCGGGAGUAGUGUUCAGUUUAAAAAUAAUGUUUUGAGCCUCAAGGACGGAGCUUGUAUUUUGGAUUCAGCUCGACCCUAUCCUAAACCCUUACAAAAAUCCGUGGCAGAGAAGGUUCUGGAGCUUCUAGCUCAGUAUCCAGGUGGGAUACCUGAUAUCAACCUGAACCGAGACUUGUUUGAGAAGUAUCAGAUGCUCAUCGACCCCCUAGACUACAACUUCCCUUCCUUGAAAAGCCUCCUGGCGUAUCACAAGGAUAUAUUCUACGUGGAUCAAAACUGGCGAGUGUUUGAUGUUAGAUACAAGAACCUCAGUUCGAUUAACCCACGGAUGUAUACUACAAGAGACCUGGAAAGAGGAAAGAUGUAUCCGGUUUUAUGGACGGUUAUACGGGGACCUCAUGAGGUCUGGGUUAACUUAAGGACGGACGUAAAGAAGCUGUAUGAUCUGAUCUUGGAGAUGAACUCCUUUUACAACCUGAACUCCAGGUACCAGGCGAUGGAGCUGACCACGGAGAAGGUUGAGGUUGGGUCCCUGGUGGUUGUUAAGGCAGGAGCUAACUUUUGCCGUGGACGCAUUGUUCAACUUACUAAUUGCAAUCAAUACAAGGUUUUACUGGUUGACUCUGGAGAUGCUCAAUGGUUCGAUCAGAUUUACUCGAUACAUCUUAGCUUCCUCAAGAUACCCUUCCUAGGAAUCCAAAUACGGAGUAAAUCUUCGGAAAUUAAUAGUUCAGUCUACUGUGAAGAGGAGAAGAAGAUCUUUAAGGGGUUGUUGAAGGAUGCUUUCUCUAAGGAUGCACUUGCCCUGAAAGUUGUGUGGGAGCAUGAUGAGUACGUUAUAGGAGAAUUUUAUAAUACUGAAACAAACAAAAACCUUGAGAGAUGUAUCCAGGAUAGUGAAGAAGUGAAGACACUGAUGUGAGAACCAAGCGGGAUCUAUCUCCAAACCUAGUUAUGUCAUGGUUCUCAGCUGUCGAAUAUGCUUUAAAAUUCUUUUUUAUGUAAAUAUGAACCUUUUUUUUUGGCUCAUUUGAACUAUUUUUGUUCUUCAUUUGAACUCUUUUUUAGCUAUUAGAACUAUCUGUUUGAUCAUUUGAACUAUUUUUUGCUCAUUUGAACUAUUUUUUGGUUCAUUUGAACUAUUUUUUUUGGCUCAUUUGAAAGCUAUGUUUUGGUUAAAUUGAACUUAAUUGUAUUGCAAUUGAACUACUUUUUUUGCUCAUUAGAAUAUUUUUUGGUCAAUUGAAUUAUUUUUAUGUCCAUA